AUGAUUAUAGCAGGUUUCACUGGCCAAUUAAAAGGUUGGUGGGACAAUUAUCUUACCCAAGAGCAACGUGGAAAUAUUCUUAAUCUUUGUCAAAAGAGAACCAAGAGAAAACCAAGAAAUGGACGAUGGUCAGAUAAUAAUGAGACCAUUAGGACGUUACUCCAAAAUCUGAGAUGUAAAACUCUUACUUCAUUCAGAUGGUAUAAGGAUAUAUUCCUUUGUCGGAUCAUGGAAUUACCCGAAUGCAAUGAUAACCAUUGGAAGUCCAAAUUUAUAGAUGGAUUACCAGCCCUUUUUGCAGAAAGAGUAAGGAAAGCUCUUAGGAAAGGGGAAACAAGUAUAAAUUAUAGCAAUUGCACUUAUGGAAGCCUAAUAGGCACAUGUAUGCAGGAAGGUUUUGCUUUAUGUAAUGAGAUUAAGCUGAACCAGCAAAUUACGAAACAUGGUCUUACCGAAAGACAACAAUUAGAAGAAUUUUGUGGGCAAUUUGGAUUAGAAAUGCCACAAACAAAAAAGCCUCAUAGGCACAAAAAGAGAAAAGAUUUCCAAGCAUGGAAAGAAAAAUGCUUGAAAAAGAAAUCCAAGCGAAAGAAAGAUUUCAAGCAGAGGAAGGAUUUUAUUAAAUCCAAAAAUCCUAAGGCCUGUUAUAAGUGUGGUAGAGUUGGUCAUUUUAUUAAAGAUUGCAAAGUCAAGGAAAAUAUUAAGAACUUUGAUAUAGAUAAUGUCUUAAAGGAAUCAUUAUACAAGAUCUUGUUGAAUUCGGAACUGGAAAAUUCAGGUUUUGAGUCAGAUGAAACAAGGGAUUCUUCAUCAGAAGAAGAUAUUAGAGUCCUUGACAAUGAAAGUUAUAUUUCAACUAGUUCAGACGAUGAAUGUCUUCCUUGUCAAAUGGGACAACCCUGUACUAGUAAGGGACAAGAAGAUGAUGAGUUUUAUAAUCUCUUUUAA